CUCUGCAUAACUCCGCCCUCCAUAAUACUUACACGCGCAGCGCCAUGAAAACGUAUGCAUUAAAUCAAGCUCGUAACUAUGGCAUAUUAGGAUUGUUCGGUUAAAGUAAGAGACAAGAAACUGUGAGUAUUAUGUGAUCCGCUUAUAAUCUGUCUAUAACGCCAUAUUUUAAGCGCGUUCAACAAAAUUAAAAAGGAAAACUUGACUUUCAACUACUCUCUUUGUCUGGAACAAAGAGGGCGUGUGUAGACUUGUUGAACUUGAGUUUGCUUACAGUAGCAGAUUUUACUUACAUGCGAGAUGGAGGGGCAGGAUUUAGUGGCAGCAGAGUGCUUAGUGGCCAUGUCGAAUUCUCUUGCCAAGAAUUUGGCAAUCAAAGAAAGCAGUAGUGACGAAAGUGACUUUCAGGACAGUGAUACAUCGCCAGCGUUUCGUCCCUCCUCAUGUUCGGAGCACGCAACAGCUGAUCGAGACAAACGUGACCCCUCUUUGUUUAUGGUGGCGAGGAUCCUUGCAGAUCUUAAUAAAGUUCGUCAGACAACCCCAAGCCCAGUGGAUCACGGUUAUGAAAGUGAUGAAAUGAACCAAAUGGACAUGUCACCAGAAAGUCCGACAGGUCUUUUCGUUGAUAUCCCAAAUGACCACCAAUCUAUGAUCAAAUCCGUUCACAAGGGUAACAAGCGGAGAGCGGUGUCUAUGUCCCCAGUUUCAGAUUUAGAUGACUCCAGUAGCACAUGUUCCAGACCUAAGAAGAAGGCAAAGAGAGGACAGCAACAUAACCAGGGGAAGAGACUUCAUAAAUGUACAUUCAGGGGGUGUGAGAAAGCAUAUGGGAAGAGUUCUCACCUGAAAGCACACUUGAGGACACACACAGGGGAACGACCUUUUGCAUGUAAUUGGCCAGAAUGUGGAAAGCGAUUUGCCAGAUCUGAUGAGCUAGCCCGCCAUUAUAGGACCCACACUGGGGAGAAGAACUUUGUGUGCCCUAUCUGCGACAAGAGGUUCAUGAGAAGUGAUCACCUAAAUAAGCAUGCUCGCAGACAUCCAGAAUUUGACCCCAGCAUGUUGAAGAAGGGCGGAGCAGUCCCACCCAGAAAAGAAUCCACCAUUGUAGAGUUCCCUCACUUCUCAGCAGCUGAAUCUUCAAGUGUAGGACCAUAGGCCUCCUGCAUCUGUCAUGUGCACAUUUCAGUCUGUUGACUCUUUAUUUUCAUUGUCUAUCUUUAGAAUCAGGUUCAGUAACCAUGUCAGGUUAUGUUUUAUUAUUUUCUAGACAUGUCAUCUUUCCCAGCAAAAGUUUGAGCAAUUUUGCUAUAAACUAGAAUUCUUAUUCUUUCUUCAAACACACUAAAGUAAAAUAAUGGUUUACAUAUAUUUAUCAUAAUGCAUUUAUAUUUAUGCAUUUGGGGGGAUGUUUUCAUGCAAGAAGCCACAAGUACUUUUGAGAUUAUGAAGUCUGUGCAUUUAAAGAACUUAAAAAGGAUCUUACCCCAGCCAGGCUAUGUGUUGAGGAUGAAAAUAAGUGUAUAUAUUUAUGUAUCUAUAUAUCAAAAGGCAUGGCCAACUGAGUUAACAGCUUCCAAUUCAGUAUUGAUGACAAUUGUCAUUUACUACAAGUAAUAGUACAAAGCACUAGAUUACCUCAGAUGCCAUAAACUUGCAGUGAGGUGAUAUGCUGGAGCACUUCUCAGGGGGGGAGGGGGUUUGGUGAUGAGCAGUUUAUCUUAUCUUGUACUGUUAGCUGCUUGUAUAAGUAGAAGUUUAGCAUUUUGUAAGAUCUGAUAGAGGAUUUCCAAGAUGGCCUGUCAUCCAGGAUAAAUUAAUGAGAAAUAUGCAUUAAGUUGUAUGCAACUUGUUUCCUCUACUGAUAUUUGGUUAUGGCUAAAAGAGAAAAACUUAUUUAAUGUUUAAAUUUUAUUCUUUAUGGUUAGAUUGCUUGCCUAUUUUCUACCCUUUUGAGACUGAAGAGACAUGAAAUCGCUCUCAAAUAUUAGCAGAAGGUGAAACACCUGCUAAUUUGCCAAAUUCAGGUAGUAGUUACCACUUGAAGCAGAAGAAAUAUAUUGAUUCUUUGACAAUACUUAUUAAACCUAUAGUGGAAAUGGUACAAUGACUAUAUAAGUAUUUAAUAAUGGUGCACAGGUGUCGCAGUCAUGUUAUACUUAUAUGUCCAGUGCGAUAGUGUUCGUUCAGUUAUGGAACUGUAUUUCGAAUCCCAUUUUAACUUAAAGGCUAAACAGAGCUGAUGGGCUUUGAAAUGAUUUUCAUCAAUAUAGAUAUAAAAUACAGCUGAAUCUUUCAGUGUGGUGCACUGUUUUACUUAUAUCAGCUGCACUAUUGUCACUGAUGAAAGUGAAUACAACAUUUCGGUUUCAUUCACGUGUAGUCAGCAUGGCAAGGCUGUUAUAGUGUCUGUCCUUAUAAUUGAUAGGCACUGAACAUAAUUGUUGCAAGACAUUGGGCUGUCUGGUGCUUGCUGUUUUCUUAUGAAAUCUGCUGGAGUUAAUUAAUGUGAAUAUAUUUAUAUAUGAAGGUUGAUGAAGAGAUCUAAAGUUAAUGUCACUGAGUGAAGCCUGCUGAGCAGUGCUUAGAAUUGAAUAUAGUUUUAUACUAAAAAGAAAGAGGGUGUGCUUCGUGGAAUAGCCAUGCAAUUGGUGCAUUUCACUUCAUUCUAAAGGAAGGCAGAGCUGAAAAGAAAGUUCAUUUUUUCAUCAAGCUUUUUUAAGCUUGGUAUCUUGGUACUAUUUUAGUACAAAGUAUAUCUUAAGUGUACUGGAUAUAAUAGAGUUUUCUGUGGAACAUGUUGCAUUUUUCAUUUCAACAUGGUUUCAUAGCAAUAUGUACAAAUCUUAUCAUAAUUUCAGUUUGAUGUUGAAUCAUUAUUAUCAUUUUCUUUGCUUUUAGUAUUGUGAAAAAAUCAAAAGAAAAAAUAGUAUAGUGUUUUGGUUACAUGUAAAUUCAGUUUGUGAUUGAAUAUAUUAUUUGUAAAAGCAUUUACUUGCACACUUCACAUUUAUCUUAUUUGUGAUCAGUAUGUUCUGUUUUAUCUCAACAGGAGUACUAAUUGUGUCAUAUAUAACUGUAUGUGUAUAGCUAUACAGACUGUAUAGUGCUUUUCUUUUAGAAUUUUUGAACUGCUUUGUUUUAAGAUAAGUCUUUAUCGAAUCCACUGUGUACAUAGUCCUUCAUCUGUAUAUAUAUAUAUAUAAAUAUAUAUCUUUUAAUCAGCAGUGUACUUAAAGACGAGUGAAUGUGACAGUUGUGCAGCACUCUCCUCUAACACAAUCAAAGCAAUAUGGUGUGUAGUUGAGAAAUUGACUGGUGUGGUUUUAAAUAUGAGAAUAAACCACAUUAUUUUAUUACUGAUUCAAGUUUAAGGUAAAAUGUACAGUAUUUAUUUUAUAUAUUUAAGAAUAAAGAAUGGUUGUUCAAAAUAUUU